CGCGCAUAAAAGUGUUGUGUUUAGUUUUUAUAGUGUGUGACUCACACGGACUACUGUUGGCAAGGAAAUUCCUGGAAGAACUUCGGAGAUACGGUACCUACAAUUUGGUCAGUCCACAGAACCUUCUCCCAGCAUACCACCAGCUUCCAGGUAUUUAUCUCCUAUUAUUUUGGAAAACCUCCAUCUGGUACAGCAAGCAUUUUGAAAAUUGGAUGGUCAAUAUCAGCGCUGCAGGGGUCCAAAGUGUCCUAAGAACUCUUAGUACGGCCUGAUAUCAAGACAAAUCUCGACGCGAGGAGGUAUUACGUACGUGACAUAUCACAUCUAGGUCACACAUUCCAACACGCAUACCAAGAUUCAUAUUGCUGCUACUUGCGAACAGCGACAUCAUCAACUGUCAUAGGUGAUAUUAUAAAAUAAUAAAAAGAUUAUUGAUGUCACCCGUCUCAAUUGUGGACCCCCUUCAAUAGUCACCCCACGAAAAUAAUUGAUCACAACACCAACCACAAGGCGAUUGCCUUGCGCGAACGACUUCUGGACUACUCGGUGAAGCCAACAAUAUCUGGCAUAGGAAGAAAUUAGUAUAACUUAUAGAUAUAGCUUAUACUGUAUAACAUAAUAUAGUAUUGUAUCAUUAUAUAGCCGUGUAUUAAACACAUUAUUAUUAUUAUUAUAUAGCAUGUUUAUUGAUUAAUAAUUAAUAACAAUAUUAGUAUUGUCUUGGGCAUUUUUGUAAAGAUUUAUCAGCAUUGUAAAAUUAAUAGUUAACGACUCUUGAAUUUUUCUUAUAAAUUGUUUUUCUAUAAACUUUUGCAAAAGUACCUAAAUAUAAAAUGUCGUCUAAAUCAGCUUGCGAUUCCGUUCCCAAUGUACGAACCACCCAACGGCAACGAUCUCUGCGCGAAAUGGUACUUACCAAAGAAACAUCAACUAGAACAACUAAGGCAGAGAGGAUGGGACCACCGGAAAGAGCCAUCGCCUCCAACCGCCACAGAAGUACAAGUAGACAGCCAGUCGGAGGCCACGUCUUCAGUUCGGGAGCAGGAGUCGGCGACCGCCUCCGUGGUAGCAAAGGUUAUAAACUGGGAGCAGUGCAACCUAUCCCCUCCCAGGGAAAUCCUCUCCGAUAAUGAGUCCGAAGCAUCCAGCUUCGAUCUCGCCGUAUCCAACGUAAGCUCUAAGGGGCGGCCCAGCAUGCUCUUCGCCCCCAGCGGCAAACGCAAGGGAGUAGAGAUGGACGUGGCAACGAAGCUGGCAAAUGAAAUGCUACAAAAGGGGAAGGAAGCACUCGAGCAGGCCUGCAAGAUAAAGCGAGAGCACAAGACCACUGCAUUGGAAAGUCUCGCUGGUCUGUAUGAGAUUGUGCUGUCCCUUUCGGAUUCAAGAUCGCGACACAGGUGCAACCUGGAGAAAGAGCGGUCGAGGCAUGCUACCGAACUGAUGAGGGUGGAAAGAGCACACACCAAACACCUUAAUGAGCUCAACAAACAACUCGCUGGGGAACUGGGACUUGCCAGAAAAGACCUGGCCGCCAACCUGGCGGAAACCAAGGCGAUCAGAGACUGGCAAGGAUAUGAGACUCAAGAGCCACACAGGCUCAUAAAGGAGACGGCCGAGGCUAUAGCAGACCUUAAACAGCGUCUGAAAAUGCUGAACGACGCCGUAGCCACACAAACGGGCCACACAACAUCAAACGAGCCCCUACUGAGGGAUCACGCCAUCAUAAAAAUCGGCGUGGAAACGAUUAAAAACCAGGUGGAUGAGCUACGGCGGGAUGUGCACAAGGAAGCUGAGAAGGCUUCUGAAAUUCAUGGCCUCAACAUAAAAAUGGUCGGUAUUCUGGAGUCUCAGCCGCCCAAUGAAAUCAAGCCUGACAACUGCGAAAUGGGCAAAGUCCUAGAAAUCCUCAGCAAAAUAGACUCUAAGAGGAUUCCCGAGUCCCUCCCGCAGCCCGUCACUGUCGACCUCAAAGAGCAGUUCCAGCCCAUCACGGAAACGCUUGAGGCCGUCAAGUCCGAGCUCCGCACAAUGAGAGAAGAGAAGCUGAGGAUACCACCACCAUCCCUCAGCCUCGAGGCUGAAAUGUGCCUUGCGGAGGGUGAAAAGGGGGCCAAAAAGACCUACGCUAAAGUCGCCGCACUACCCCCUCCACCACCAAGACCAAACCACACUCUCAUAAUAUCGUCCAGUGAUCAAAACCAGACCGGGGACAAUUUAAUUGACCGGAUAGCGGUCGCACUGGACACCAAGAAAACGGGAGCCAAGGUGGACAGAAUUAGAAAGGCCAAAAACCAAAAAGUGGUCCUAAGCUGUGGAACAAGCGAGGAUCUGAACCUCAUCCACAAAAGGGUCCAAAUGGACAAAGGCCUAAGGGUACAGGUGGCAAAGGCAGGGAAUCCUCUAAUUAUAAUAAAAGAUGUCCUCAAGGUCCACACUGACGCAGAGAUUGUGGAGCACCUCCUGGCGCAGAAUAAGCAACUGCUCCAAGGCCAAGACCUCAAAGAAUGCACUAUGAAGGUGCGAUACAGGAAAAAGGCACGCAACACCCAUGAAUGCCACCCGGUCCUGGAAGUUUCCCCGCUCGCCCACAAAAGGCUUAUAGAGGCAGGGAAAGUCUACAUAGGUCUUCAAAGGAGACCUGUGGCAGACCAAUCCCCUCUCGUGCAAUGCACGAAAUGUCUCGGUUUCGGCCAUACAAAGGCGAUCUGUAGGGAAACAGAGGACCUCUGCAGCCAUUGUGGAGGUAAACACACAUGGGAGAAAUGUCAGGUGCGACUGGACAGACUCCCGCCCACGUGCAAAAACUGCUCAGCGUCAGCCAAUGGGGAGAGGAACGACCUGUCGCACAACGCGUUCAGUAGUGAGUGUCCCGAAAGAACAAAAUGGGAUGCUAUAGCACGGUCGCGAAUCUCUUACUGCUAAAGGCUCCACACAGAUGC